AAUAUUUUUAAGGUGUACAUAGGGCAUGCCCAUUCGGCAGGUAAACGAAUAAGAGCCUAUCAGACCAUCCCUCUUGGCAGUUGCUGUAAUCGUCAACAGCUAAAUAUUACUGCGCGUGUGUUACUGAUUCUUUUAAAAUAACAAAGCGUAGCUUUUUGACACGUUCUCGAAACUACGAAUUUAAUCGACUGAAGCUUCCCUUGUGCCACAGAAAGACAAUGUUUACCUCCCAAACAUCGUCGUUCCAAGAUUCAAUUGACGUGGAGGACAGAGAUGACUUUGAUUCUGAAGAAAUCUCUGGCUACAGCCAGAAGGCUCAGCUUUACUGCUAUUACGCCAUCUACCUUUAUCAAGGCUCAAGAUCUGAAGCUUCUGAGGAAAAUGUGGCAUGGAGCCAGAGCCGUGCAGACUCCACAACAACUCUGGAAGACUUUAGCCUGACUCUGAUUGACAGCAGCCUGCCGUCAGAGGCAGAACCAGAGUUGCGGACCUACAUUUCAAGGAGGCUGAGCAAAGGAGCUCUUCUUGGAGGAAUGGGCAACAUUGCUACAGUGGAGCUUAGUAUUCCAGAGCAGGCAGUCGGCUGCUACUGCUGUCUCCUUGAGCAGGAAAAAUCUCCAGAACAGCCAGAUGCUGAUGGAAACGGAUAUGUCAUCUGCUUCUUGGGGGGGUCAGAGAAAGGACUGAACUUAUUUCGAUUGGAGCUCGACAAAUAUGUGCAAGGACUGCAUAGCAGCCUUCAGACCCCAGAGCUGCAGAACCUGGAGACAGAGGUGCGUCCCUAUCUGAGCCGGUGGUACGAGGAGUCGGUGAUGCACAUUUAUCGAUUGGUGCAACUGGUCCAGAACAACAUUACCUUUCUGUUGCAUGCUGCUCUGAGUCACACGCAUGUAGAAGUCAUCAAUUCAGACGAGAAGACAAAAGCCGAUGUGUUUAGUUUCAUUAAAGCAGCCAGUUUGCAGGGCCUGUCCCAGCAGGACACCACAUCUGCCUCUCUGUGCAAAGCCAUGUCAGAGGACACGCAGUCUGACCUUGUGAUUGACUGCUCCACCAGCCCCCCAACGUUCACAAACACUGUUACUAAUCGCUUCUGCGAUGAAUGGAUCCAGGCCUUUCUAAAUGCAGCAGAGCGCUGCAACCCUUUCCUGCUCAGACAGAUACUGGAGAACUUCAAACUCAAGGCCAUCCAGGACAUGAACAGCCUGAAGCGCUUUGUGAGGCAGGCGGAGAUGAGUCACUACGCCUUGUUUCGGUGCUGCCAGUUCCUUCAGACUUGCGGUAACGGCGACGUGUUGCUGCAGAACGCCAGAGCGGAGCACAGCGAUUUACCCGAAGCCUGCAACAUCAUAACAGUUCUGGAGGAGUUCCUGAGUGAGCAGAACCAGGCCCAAGCCUGACUCCAUCAGUAUAAAAAGAAUAUGUCAUCGGUGAGAAAGUCCUUCAAAAGUAUUUUCUGAGAGAAAAAGUUGUACAGCAAUAAAAAAAA